CCCUAGAGCAUAAAAUCGAUUCAACGUUAAACCCUAGGGAUAUCAAUUCUCCGAAUAUUCCUAACCCUAAUGAAGACGGUGACGGGUAAAAUCCUGUCUUCAACUGCAAUUUCCGUCUCCAGCGCAGCCAAAAUCAUCUCCAACUUUGCGGCUACAGAUAACGGCGCGUCGCAAGCGGUCAGCGCAUACCUUCGACGCUCCUCCGCCUCAUUCAGCGAGCUCAAACAGUUGCAUAGAGAGCUCCGAAAGCCGUCGAAAUCGGAUCGCAAGCACAAGAAGUCCAAGUCCGAGACCACUGUAGAAGGUGCCGGUGAAUCGAGUCUGGAACCGAGUGUAGUCAACUGGACUCGUGGAGCUGCGGAGCUGAGUCAAGAGGCGAGUCACGGGUAUGGGCAUAGAGAGAGAAAGAAGCUUAAGAACAAAAACAAGAAAGAGAAGGGUGAGGUGAUUAAUUUUGGGGAUGAGGGCAAAAUAGUGACUGAAGAUGGAGAGAGCAAGAGGAAGAAGGAGAAGAAUGAGGGCAACUUUGGGAAAGAUGAGGGCAAAAUGUUAAUUGAGCAGAGUGAGAGAAAGAAGCAUAAGAAUAAGGAGAAAGGUGGAGAAAAGAUUGAAAAAUUACAGGAAAAUGGGGUGAAUAUUGAGAAGGGUGAAAUGAGAAAUCAAGAAGAAAGGGAAGGGGAGAAGAAUAAGAAGAAGAAAAGGAAGAGUAGAGAGAUUGAGGAUGGAAUUGAAAAUAACUCUUCUUCAGAGCUACGGAAGAAGAAGAAGAAGAAGAUUGAAAAUGAAGUUGAUAAGUGAUUGAUUUGGGGUAUUUUAGCAAUUCUGCUUGUUGUUUUGGAUGGCAGAUUGAAGGAGGCACUCCUUAGCUCCACAGUUAAAAUGCCUAAUCAUUUUUGGGUACUCUUUCCAUUGUAAUGUUGAGGAAAUAUGUUUGUUUCUAAUUUAUAAUGAAUGAAAUCUAUUGAUGGUUAAUCUUGGCAUUUCCGGUUCUAGGUUUUUUGGCCUUUGGUUGUAGUUGUCUUUCGAAUUUCUAUCAGGUGAAAGAUGCAUUUGGCAUAUGCACGAUUAUUAACAAAGUAGGAACCGGCUUUGAUGCAUGCUUUAUAGAAGGUAUAUUAUGCACUCAUGGUCUUAGUUGAAAAUACAAUUGAUAAAGAUGCUGUUUUAGGAUGAUCAGUUUCAAUGCUUGCAAAUUGCAAUUAGGAAAUGGCUUUUUUAUGGUUUUUGGGCAUGUUAAUGGAGUUCCAAAUCCUCGUAGCUGUGGUAGUCUAGAAGUUCAGAAUAAAAAUCUAUUUCACCAAGUAUACUGCUGCUUGAGUUAUGGUACUGGUUUGAUGAUUCACUCUGCAAUUUCAAACUCACAUUAUGCAUAACACAGGUGAAUGACAUGAAAUCUCUUUUAGCUUUUCCUUUUAUCUUCUGAUCUAGCUGGUUUGACUAAUAUUCUAGACUUUCUUUCUACUCUUGCUUAUUUCAUUUUGAGGUGUAACCAAUGUAGUAGAUGGCCAUACUUUUGGCAGCCUUAUAUAUUUCAUUUCAAGGUCUGGUAGCAUAUCCUGAAAAUUGGACACUAAUUGAUUACUAUGGCAACAAUCUCAAAUAUAUUAGAAAUUGGGAUAAUGAAUUAUUAGGAAUAGUGGUUAGUAGUUUCUCCAUGUCAUUUGGUAUAGAUUCUUAGGUAUAUUGAGUGAUUUGCAAAGGCUUCAAGGAGUUUAGGCGAAGGAAAAUACUGAAAAUCAUUUGUUUCAGAACAGAAACAAAUCGUUUGUUUUGGAUAUAUAAAACUUUUUUACUUAUCCAAAAAAAAAAAAAAGAAAAAUCAUUUUUUUUCUGCGAUGUGUUUCUUCUCCUAAACCAUUUUGAGAACCCAAGCUGCUUAAAACUUGCCUUAGAUCGAAUUUUGUAUUUGUUGGGUGUGGCAAAAACAAAACAUGUAUGUUGCCUUGAAUUUGGAGUCACUAAUAUAUGUUUAUGGUUGUUUUAAGUUAUCUGCAAUCCUUGGGGCUUCAAACUGUGACAAAACUUAUGCCGCUGUUGGAUAUCCCUUCUUCUGGCUUGAUAAGAUCUGCCUAUCUGAUGACUUGCAGAUUCUUGUGAAAAAGUACAUUUGCUAAAGCUGAAAUAGCAGCGGCAUGCAAAAGCUUAUAACAAGCAUAUUUUGCAAGUGAAUUUCAAUCACUCUUAGCUGGAAAAGCAAGCAACACCACAACAACAAACUCUGUUUACUUGACAAAUGCUUGAAGAAUAACGCACCAAAAGUAAUUUAUAGGUCAGGGACUGCUGAAAGCCACGGUGAUUGUUUAAAUGUUGGUACCUGAAGUAUGUAGUGUCUGUUACAUCACAGUCAUACUGCUGUUCUUGAUGAUAAAUGUUGGUAUUCUUCGGAGCUGUAAUGGUGCUCUCUUGUCUAGUUGUGCGGUAUCAAGAAAUAUUUUAUGGGGAAUAUUUUAUGUCAACUUUUGGUUCUUGAGACUUAGAUUGGCUUGUAUACCACUUCCAUACUGAUUGAUUUAUCUAGGAAGCAAAUAAUUGCUCAGUUUAAUUUAGAAGAAGUCCAGUGGUUCGAUAUAUUGCUUUGGGUUCUGUUGGCUCUCUCAAAAAGCUUUCUCAGGGAUGUUGGUGGUGAGAAGGGCAACAAAACUAUGUGUGAGAUCAUUUUCAUUUGGCCAACAAGGUUUGUGAGCUCUUCUCAUAGU